UGUUCUCCUCUUCCGAAAUAUCCUAAAUAUUGUCUUUCAUUGUUGGAGAGGAACAUUAAUUUUAUUAUUAUAAGCCGAAUUUCAGACUUAAAAAAAAAAUUAAUAAAUGGUAACAACUAACAAGCAGACUUGGCAUCCUGGGUUGGCUAUGCGGAUAUGCAGUAGGCCCAACAAAGACACAAUGAGCUAGCGGGCUUUUUCUUUUUCAGCUUCCAAAAUACUGGCCGGUUGGGCUUCUUAUUACAAAUCCUUUGGGAACCCUUUAUGGGCCACAAUAAUGGGCCACAUCGGCAUGGCAUCAGCCUGGUUUAUGUGGGAGUGCCGUAAAACAUUUGCUCAUUACCGAUGACGAACCGCACUAGCAGUUCGAUUUUCCAAACCUUUUCGAAUCACUCGCUUCAUUUCACGACAGCGAAUUGUGCGUGUAUGAGUUGCAAAUUAGCAUCGAAAUAUGUCCUGUGAUAUUGGCAUUAUUCGAGUUUGGGGCGGUGUACUGUUAACAUAGAGAGUUAGCUAGAAUGGGUACCAAGGUUGUGUUUAAAUGGUCGAAAAAAAUCACUACUUCUCAAGUGGUGCACUUAAUAAAAGCAGAGAGGAAUAUAGACAAGGCUCUUGCUAUAUUCGAUUCGGCAACAGCUGAAUACGCCAAUGGUUUUCGUCAUGAUCACAGCACUUUUGGUAUUAUGAUCUCUAAACUAGUGUCAGCGAACAAAUUUCGACCGGCAGAAGAUCUCCUUGAUAGAAUGAAGGUAGAAAAGUGUGAUUUAAGGGAAGAUAUAUUCCUUUCUAUUUGUAGAGGCUAUGGAAGGGUUCAUAGACCAUUUGAUGCCAUCAGGGUCUUUGAUAAGAUGAGGGAAUUCAAAUGUGAACCAAGUAAAAAAUCUUAUAUUACUGUGUUUGAUAUUCUGGUUGAAGAGAACCAGUUAAAGAUCGCUUUGAGGUUUUACAGGCACAUGAAAGAAGUAGGUGUUCCAACUAGUGUUGCCUCUCUCAAUAUUUUGAUUAAAGCACUCUGCAAGAAUGGUGGAACCAUGGAUUCUGCUCUUCAUAUUUUUCAUGAGAUGCCUAAUCGUGGGUGUCCUCCGGAUUCUUAUACUUAUGGGACUUUGAUUAAUGGGUUUUGUAGAUUUGGAAAGAUUACUGAAGCAAAGGAGUUAUUUGAAGAGAUGAAAAUGAGAGAUGGUUCUCCUUCCGUUGUUACAUAUUCUUCCUUGAUACAUGGCUUAUGUCAGUCAAAGAAUCUAAAUGAAGCAAUAGGAUUGCUUGAAGAGAUGAAAUGCAAUGGUAUUGAGCCAAAUGUUUUCACUUACAGUUCUUUAAUGGAUGGUCUCUGCAAGGAUGGGCGAUCUUCAGAAGCCAUGGAACUACUGGAGACAAUGGUUAGCAAAAGUUGUAAACCCAACACAAUAACUUAUAGUAUCUUAAUUCAUGGACUAUGUAAGGAAGGAAAGCUUCAAGAAGCUGUGGACAUUCUUGACAGGAUGAAACUGCAAGGCCUGCAACCAGAUGCAGGGUUGUAUGGGAAGAUCAUAAGUGGCUUCUGUAAUAUUAACAAGUUUCAGGAGGCUGCAAACUUCCUUGAUGAGAUGAUCUUAGGCAGGACCUCGGUGAACCGAUUAACUUGGAGUCUUCAUGUUAGGAUUUAUAAUAUGGUAGUCCAAGGCCUUUGUACCAAGUGUGAUUUAAGCCGAGCUUUCCAAUUGUAUCUAAGCAUGAGGACUAGGGGCAUCUCUGUUGAGACUGGGACUUUUGAGACUCUUAUGAAAUCUUUCUGUAAGAAGGGAGACCUGCACAAAGCUGUUCAUGUUGUUGAUGAAAUGGUGAUUGAUGGAUGUAUUCCAGAAGAGGGAGCAUGGAGUACGCUUCUAGGUGCAUUUUGGGAUGAAAGAAUGGUCCAAGAAUCUAUUGAAUUGUUUCAGGUUGAGCUGAUAAGUGAAUUUGCUGAACCUGACAUAGAAAUUCAAGAUGAAGCUUUUUGAUUUGGCAUGCAAGGAUGGGUCUUAUACUUCCAUUAUUCUAAUUAUAUAUGUAUUGCUGAUUUAGCCUUACCUUCUACUAUAGCUUGAUUACUUUGCACUUUAACAUAUAUUUGUCUCCUCAAUCACUUGAAUUACUUAUGCAAUAAACCACUGCUUUUCUCAUUUCCUACAAUGGCAAAAUUCAGCAACU